UUAGAUGUGACUAGUGGACUAUCAAAGCACCUUUCUCUUAUUUACGACAGCGUAGCAAAAAUUGUGGCACUAGCGAUGAGCGUUAAGGGGCCGCCACGCUUAUCCACAUUUGCACUCAUCUGCCUUUCGGACACUGUAGAGUGCGUUUUUGCACUUCAGAAUUUAAAAACGAGCAGUCGUACAUUAAUGAGCACACUGGAUAGGUUACCCAGGGAAACUCAAUGUCGUGAGGGCACAGACGAAAAUCCUGAGAAGGACCUGAUGGCUCGACUGCUAAAAAUGAUCAUGAAGCAGUAUAGAGAGUACUACAAGGUUCAGACUCCGCUCCUUGACGUGACCGUCUUGACAACGCGCUCGAGCUUCAUUGUUCAAGGACUGCAAUCAAACCCAGAUAUGAAGCACGUUCACGAACUCGAGGUGUACGACUUGACACCGUGUACAUUGAAACCGACCUCCUCGGAAGCGUCUCCCGAUUCACUGACGUCACAGACCGAAGCAUCUCCUCCGUUCACGAGCCGCAUUUGGGUCCGCCGUCUUCAGGCAGACCCCUUCGCUCUUGAGGCUGUCUUCAAGGCUUGGCUGCACCCUGCUCGAAGACCUCAGUUGAAACUCGUCUUUUCCGAGGAAACCACCAUACACUGUGACAUCCGCGAGCUGGUCCUCAGACAUCAAGGGGACACUGGGAGUCGUCGUUUUGACGGAGAAGGCAUCCCCUAUGGCAACCUACACGUGAAGAAGCUGUUGAGCAACCGUUCCAUCUGCGAUGCUCUGCUCCCCGGGGAGGCCUGGCUUCUGCUCCCAGCUGCUGGAGGGGUCAGCCAAGGCGAAAACGAAGAGAAUCCGUUGCUCUUUGCUGCAUUGUCCUCCUCACUUGCCCGAAAGGAGCACCUCUUACUUGUGGAGCAGGAUUCUUCCGAACGGUUCGUGGUAAUUCCUUCUCCCAGUUCUCUUAUAAUACGUUCCGUGGCUCGCCGCGAAUACAUCUUACCGAUGCCUUUUGGCGCAAUGACAGCUGUCGAGGUCCCGACAGAUGUGGCCACCCGAGUCGACGAGCUCCUGGAAGACUUGCCAUUGCUGACGGACGUGUACAACCCGAUCCUGGAGUCUCCUGGUGUACUCUACCAACGCCUCGUUCACGAACUACGGCAAUCUACAGGGUGCUUCGCUUCAGGCCGUGUCGGCUCGUCCGCGGGGACGAAGUUCAAGCCUCCUGGAGGGGCUAAGCCUAAGGCUGUAUCCGGCAGACGCUGA